AUGGGGACGUUGACAAAACCUUUUUCCAUGGAUGAAGUUAAGGCAGCAAUGUGGGAUUGUGAUAGUUUUAAGAGCCCGGGUCCAGAUGGUAUCAACUUUGGGUUUAUCAAGAAUUUUUGGCAUGAGAUGAAAGAUGACAUUUUGCGGUUCACUUCAGAGUUUCAUAGGAAUGGAAAAUUGUCAAAAGUUCUGGCGAACAGGUUGAGACAGAUUAUUGGCAGUGUUGUGUCUGAAGUUCAAUCAGCUUUCGUUAAAAAUAGACAAAUUCUUGAUGGAAUCUUGAUAGCAAAUGAGGUGGUUGAUGAGGCCCGAAAAUCGAAGAAAGAGCUUUUAAUGUUUAAAGUAGAUUUUGAAAAGGCGUAUGACUCCGUAGAUUGGACGUAUCUUGAUGAGGUUAUGGGUAGUAUGUCUUUUCCGACCUUAUGGAGAAAAUGGAUUAAAGAGUGUGUUUGUACCGCUACUGCUUCAGUGUUAGUGAAUGGAAGCCCUACAGACGAGUUCCCUCUUGAACGGGGUUACAAUGUGGGUGGCGCUAACUCUGUGGUGGUGUCUCACUUACAAUUCGCUGAUGAUACACUGUUAAUUGGUAAUAAAAGUUGGGCCAAUGUUCGUGCAAUGAGGGCUGGUUUGGUUCUAUUUGAGGCUAUGUCCGGUUUGAAAGUAAAUUUCCAUAAAAGCUCUCUGGUUGGUGUCAAUAUCAAUGCUUCUUGGUUGGCUGAAGCGGCUUCUGUGUUAGGUUGCAAAGUGGUCAACAAAGUUGUCACGAUUAGGAACAUGUUCCAGUUGGGUUUGGAGGUUGGUGGGGGGGCGUGGCAGUGGCGUCGCCGCUUGUGGGUUUGGGAGGAAGAAUUGGUAGAGGAGUGUAGGGAAUUAUUACUUACAGUUACUUUGCAGGAUUCCUCUUCUGACAGGUGGCUUUGGUUACCAGAUCAGACUGGUGGGUGGUAUGAGAGCACGGCGUUCCUUUUUCCAUCUAAUUUGGCUUCUGUGUGUUUGGAUAUUGUGGAAUGA